AUGGUAGCAAAGAUCAUGCUAUCAGUGUUGUUUGGAGGAUUUGUGUUAUUGCUUGCAUACCUGUAUGAGUCUUUGGUUUUAAAGUCAAAGAGGUUAAGAUUAAAGCUUGAGAAGCAAGGGAUCAGAGGGCCUUCUCCUUCAUCAAUUCUCUUGGGCAAUAUCCCAGACAUGAACAGAAUCAAACUCAAGGAGAUGAAGUUACGUGCAGCUAAAGAAACAAGAAGUGGUAGUAUCUCAAAGGACCACCCUCUUACUAUUGCUCAUGAUUUGACUUCAACCCUUUUCCCUCAUCUGGUGCAAUGGCGAAAUGACUACGGGCCAAACUUCACCUAUUUAAGUGGAAGGAUACAGCAAUUAACUCUUACAGAUGUAGAAACGGUAAGGGAAGUUAGCCUGUGCAAAUCUUUGCACUUGGGGAAGCCUGCUUACCUAUUAUUUCAGGAUCGUAAGCUGCUGUUUGGCAAAGGCAUUCUAGCUUCCAGUGGCCCAAUUUGGUCCCACCAAAGGAAGAUUAUUGCUCCUGAGUUCUACUUUGAAAAGGUUAAGGGCUCGUUUGGGAGUGCUUUUGGAGCAGCGAAAAGCGCUUCUAAAUGGGUGAAAGCGCUUCUAUCUUUUAAAAAUAGUGUUUGGCAAAAAUUGCAAAAGCGCUUUGGGUGA